GAUGGACUUGGCAGUGUAGUUAUGGAACCCCCUUUAAGCAAGAGGAAUCCAGCGAUAAGAUUAGCGGAUUUGGCAGCGACUCAACCCCAUCCUCAUCAGAAUAUGACAGGCUUCCCGGGGCUAGGGGGGCAUCACCCUCUCUCCCACCAUGCCCACCUCCACCCCGGGGAGCUGGGCAACGACCCUGGAGUGGCACUCACUCCAUUUGGACCAGAGCACAUGGCACAGACCAAUGCUCUCAAACUUAGCCCAUCACAGCACCACAUUCAGAGCCAUCCCGAAGCCCAGACCGCGGUGUCUUUCACUUCUACUCAGACUACAGUUGGUUUCCCCGUGGCUAACCCCCACUCAGGCUACUCAAGCAGCAGGGACUUCAUCCUCAGGAGAGAACUCUCGGCCUCUGCUAUGCAUGCACUUGGCGACCAGCAUAGUUCCGCCUCCUCCCCUCAUCACCAUGGUAUGUUCAUCUCCCCAACAGGUGCUUAUGGCCACACGGAAAGUGGGGCCCAUCCACUUUUCACUGGACUUCACGAGCAGGCGUCCCCAGGUGCCCACCACCAUGCCCUUAACGGGCAGAUGCGUCUGGGUAUACCGGGGGACCUCUACGGCAGGCCGGAGCACUUUGGGCACAGAGCAGAGCACUAUGGACCGUCCUCCCUCCACAGCUACAACUCCAUGAACCUCAAUGUUAACAUCGCUUCAGCUCCUCACGGAGCGGCGGGGGCGUUUUUAAGAUACAUGCGGCAGCCCAUAAAGCAAGAGUUGAUCUGUAAAUGGAUCGACCAGGAGCAAUCGUCCAAAAAGCCCUGCUCCAAAACGUACAGCACCAUGCACGAGUUGGUGAACCACGUUACCGUGGAGCACGUCGGGGGACCAGAGCAGAGCUCCCACGUCUGUUUUUGGGAGGAAUGCCCGCGCGAAGGAAAGGCGUUCAAGGCGAAGUACAAACUGAUCAAUCACAUCCGAGUUCACACGGGAGAAAAGCCGUUCCCGUGUCCGUUCCCGGGCUGUGGAAAAGUUUUCGCCCGAUCGGAAAACCUCAAGAUUCACAAAAGGACUCACACAGGAGAGAAACCCUUCAAGUGCGAGUUUGACGGCUGUGACCGAAAAUUCGCCAACAGCAGCGACCGGAAGAAGCACUCUCACGUUCACACCAGUGACAAGCCUUACUACUGCAAGGUGCGGGGCUGUGACAAGUCCUACACACACCCCAGCUCCCUGAGGAAACACAUGAAGGUACACUGUAAGUCCCCACCACCGCCCUCCUCCAACGCCGGCUACAUCUCCUCCAGCAACCCACUCGGGGACUCGCUCUCGCCCCACUCGGAACCGCUACACAGGAACCGGGCCGCGAACCUAUCACCUCAGGUGACCAACCUCAACGAGUGGUACGUUUGCCAAGGGAGCGGGGGUCCCAACCAUCUCCACACGCCCUCCAGCGACGUGCCAACGUCGGAGUCGGACGACGAGGACUCUUUCAGAAGUUCAGACCCGAGGACGAUGCACUGAUAAGGAGUUCACCCCAGUCCCAAGACCCAGUUG